AUGAAGAUAGAAUUAAGAAAUCUAUAAGAGUAGAUUAAGGAAGAGAAAGGAAUGUAAUCUAAGUAGUAAAUGAAGAUUAAGGAUUUAUAUACUGAUAUUGAAGAAAUGAAACAUGAACUAAAUAUUUUGAGACAAUCAGAUAAGGAUUGA